AUGGCGAAAAAAACUUCGACGUUGCCGAAAAGAACUUCGAGGUUGUCGAAAAGAACUUCGAGGUUGUCGAAAAGAACUUCGACGAUGCCCAAGUAUGAUAAAGUAUCCUUGAAUACGAUUAGUGCCGAAGAUCUAACGCACAAUACUAACAACAGUCAAAAAAAAGAUGCGAAAGGUGGCGGAAAAGAUGCUAAAGGGGGUGGAAAAGAUGCUAAAGGCGCUAAAGGAGGUGAAAAAGAUGCUGCAAAAGGAGGAAAAGCUGCUCCUUCAAAGGGCGCUGGUAAAGAUGCGAAAGAUGCAAAAGACGCAAAAGGAGGUAAAUCUGCCCCGGCAAAAAGUGGAGGUAAAGAUGCAAAAGAUGCGAAAGGUGGAAAAGGUGCCGCUCCUGGUAAGGAAUCAAAAACCAGCGGAGGGAAAAAUGCGAAAGAAGGGACACAAGAUUCUCCCGGCAAAGAAUCGAAAGCAGGAGGUUCUCCUGAAAAAAGACCUAGAGAGGACAGAGAUAAAAAAUCACCUAGCGAUAAAGAAAGAAAAAAAGAGAAAAAAGGAGGCGAAAAAAAAGUUAAAGGUGAUUAUUGUUAUAAGCCUGAAGAUUCGGAUGUGGAAGGAGAAUACGACGACAACGCUCCAACCUUGUCCGCUUAUCAAAAAAUUGUCGAAAGAGCAUUCAACAAAAAGCCUUUAGCGGUACUAAAAAGACUUCGGUGCUCUUGUGAUUUGGGAUUUGAACCAAUGUUGAUGCCACAAAUUCCAAAUGAAAACAAAGAUGACGAUGAGGAGGAUCCAAGUGCUGAAUUUGAAAAAAGAAUUGGCGGCGGCGGCGGUGGCGGUGGCGGUGGCGGUGGCGGCGGCGGUGGCGGCGGUGAGAAAAGGAGGCGAGAGAAAUAA